GGGGUCCUUCAACUUAGAAACAAGAGAUAUCCCUUAGGCAGGUCCUGAGUGGACUAUUUGUGGUGCAUCUGAUCCGUCAGAGUGGACGGGCAGGCAGGACCUCGACUGGGUCGUUUCGUUUCACCCUUACGGCGAGUUAAUUGCAUACAACUCGAACCACCAUGCAAGCAUUUGUCCCGAAAAACAGGCGGCCCAGAUUUGAGCUUGUCCUCAGGAUAAAUGAUAUCAACAACGUCCCUCUGGGCAACGGCACUGUUUGGGUGCGCUGGCGGCUGCCAUCAUCCAGCGCCACAGAACAUCAAGGACACACCGAGAAAGCUCCUCUAUCUGAUCACCGGGCCUACUGGAAUUAUGAAAAGGCUCUCCAUGUGAGGCUCACUAUUGACAGAAACUCUAUGCUUCAAGAGUGUGAGAUCAGUUUUGAGAUCAUCCAAGAGUUCCAUUCGUCACCUGCCAACGAGAAGAAUGUAUUGGGCAAAAUCAAGCUCAAUCUUGCCGAAUAUGUCGACAAGGUUGACGAAGACGAAGGUGUUGUCCGGAGAUACUUGAUGUCGGACUGCAAAGUCAACAGCACCGUCAAAAUUGGUAUUGCUAUGCGUCAAAUCGAAGGAGACCGCAGUUUCACCACGCCACCUCUCAAGUCUGCCACUGUCUUUGGAGGUAUUGCGAGGGUCGUACACUCUGCUGAACCUGGCGAUUCCGAGGAACUUGGACAUCUUCAGUCCCUCCACACCAAAAGCAGAGAAGUGGCUGACAUGCAAGACAUGUAUCGCCGCACUCUUGCAGCAUCAUGGACUUCGCGAGCCUGUGAUCUCCCCGCAGAUAAGUUGAUCGAGGAGCUCUUCGCUGGAAGCUCCUGCUGGAACAACGAAUCCCAUAACAGCUACAACGACGCCUAUCCAGACAGUCACAAUGACCAUCUAACCCCAGAGGCUGUGUCUCAACAAACACGCGCUGGGAAACGCCUAUCGCCUAGCUUUGAGAGGCGCCCUAAGAGUUCUUUGAGCAAUCAAUCUCAUGGAGGUGGAAAGACUACUGACUCACAUUCUACACUCGGUCACCCAAAGAAGGGUGGCAGUAUUGAGCACCAACUCUACGACGGCGCGAAAGGACGGGGCUGGAAGCCCCGGCAUGCAGAGCACGAACUGUCCGAGUUUGACGUGAGAGAGGAUUUGCGCAGCUGGGACAUUGCUACAAAGGAUGACAAGUGAAAAUUUUAGCACAUGCGAAAUAAUAAUCACAUAUUAUGAUAACGACCUCUAGCUCAGAUACCC